AUGCUAUCUAGACAACCGAUUUUCAGUAUCGAAGCAGUAACGAAGCUCGAUUGUAUUUCAUCGAUCAGUCGUCUUAAACACACACUACCUGAUUUGCCAUAUGAUUAUAAUGCAUUAGAACCAGUAAUCAGUGGCGAGAUAAUGAAAUUACAUCAUCAAAAACACCAUGCGACAUAUGUUAAUAAUUUGAAUGUUGCUGAGGAAAAAUAUAAAGAUGCUCAGGCUCAAAAUGAUCUAAAUACAAUGAUUCAUCUUCAACCAGCACUAAGAUUUAAUGGUGGUGGUCAUAUUAAUCAUGCUAUAUUUUGGAAAGUAUUAUGUCCAAAAGAAGGUGGUAACCAACCGGCUGGUGAAUUAUUAGAAUUAAUUAAACGGGAUUUUGGAUCAUUUGAUAAAAUGGUACAACAAUUGUCAAAUGCUUCAGUGGGAAUUCAAGGAUCAGGUUGGGGUUGGUUAGGUUUUAACAAACAGGAAAAUAAAUUACAAAUAGCAACAUGUGCCAAUCAAGACCCAUUGCAAGCAACAACCGGUAGUUUUAAUAAAAAUAUAAGAAUAAAGUUACAAAAUAUCUAUAGAAGACUUUUUCGUCUAGGUUUGACGCCUCUUUUUGGUAUCGAUGUUUGGGAACAUGCUUAUUAUCUACAGUACAAGAAUGUGCGUGCUGAUUAUGUUAAAAAUAUAUUUAAUAUUACCAACUGGAAGAAAGUAGAAGAAAAUUAUCAGAAAGCAAAACAAGGCCAAUAA